AUGUCAGCCACCAACUUCGGCUGGGCCCUGCGCAAGAACGGCUCGUGCCUGGCCUCGGAAGUUGACUGCGGCGAGACCGUCGCGCCGUACCGAGUCUGCUGUCCCAACGGUUCCUUCUGCCCUCACGCCAACAACGUUGCCUGCUGUCCGUCGAAAUCGUACUGCACCGAUGCCCUCAAUGGCCAGCCCCGCUGCGCCAACAGUACCUGGGAUCUGUUUAUCAACGGUGGAUACUUCUGCUGCGAGUAG